CUUCACUUUUUCCUUCCGCCGGUAUCGACUUUUCAAAGCGACUGGAUUUUUCCUUAAUCUGAGCGGUGUCUGCGUUUUCGUUUUGUGAAGUUAUGCCCCGGAAAGCAUAUCUCCAUGUCAUGUCCGGUUGGAAUGCGAACUGGUAGAUUCUCUCUUCUGAAGCAUCAUCUGCUUUCACAAAGAUUCUGAAUUUCAUUUGACAACACAAAGGACAUUUUAAUACUAACUAUAAAUUAAGGGAGCCAGAUCUACAAAAUCUACAGACAGAAGACAUGUGGCCAGUCAGAAGUUAAGCGUUGAUUCAGAAGACAUUCCUUGAAAGUACUGAUGAAAAUCUUUUGAAUCUUCUCAACUCUUGUCUUAAUUUCAAAUAAUUUGAGAACGCAAUGAGCACAACACAAAGAAAACGUAGGAUGGUACCACCUCAGCAAUCCAGAAGGGCACGCCGUCAACGCAGAUCAGUAGAACCAGCUGAACCAGAGGCUGAAAUCGUAGAGACUGGUGCAGAAGUAGUUGACUUGACAUGUGAAUCCGCUGAACCUGUGGUUGUUGACCUAACCAAUAAUGAUUCUGUUGAGAUCGUGGAUGAAGAUCUCUCCUCAAAUAGUCAGUCAAGUUCAGCUGAUGACCAGCCAGGCAGAACGCAGUCAGACAGCUGUAUUCUCUGCAGUGAUGAAGAAGACACCAGAACAGAUGGAAGUAGCAGUGUGACUUUAACAAGUGCAGCAGCUGUACCUCAGGGAAACAGUCUUCAUCCUGUCUUGUGCAACCAAGACUUAAGAUCUGUUCAAACACACCGCAGGGCUUGCUCAGGAACAAUUAGCUGCCCCAUAUGUAUGGAUGGUUAUACAGAGAUUGUCCAAAGUGGGAGACUUAUUGUCUCGACAAAAUGUGGUCAUGUUUUCUGCAGCCAGUGCAUCCGGGACAGUCUCAAAAAUUCACACACGUGUCCAACUUGCAGAAAGAAAUUGAACUCUCGCCAGUAUCAUCCAAUUUACAUUUGACUGUGAAGUCUUUGUCCUGAACUUUAUAUACCCAACAAAGUGCCAGCCGCAUUUAAAUCCUCUUUUGCUCUUCAGUUUUCUCUGAAGAAAUGUGUGGUUCCUAUAGGAGACUGAGAUGCGUUCGCAAGGUGCACACACUGUCAACUGACCAUCCUUCGCUAUCUGACCCUGUCAACUGGCUGUAUUUAAAAUGCUGUGGGGAAGACAUGUGGUGGGUGGGUGAGUGGGAUGAAGGGAGGGUGAGAAAUAAAACAAAGCACCAGCAUAUUCCAGUCACCAACUAACUCAUGUCUGUUUUGUAUCUCUGUCUCUGUCUGUCUGUUUCUUUCCCUAUUCCCAUGGUCAGUGACAGGUAAUCACUACACAAGGUUUGUAACCCUUGUUGUUUAAGUGAUCUUUCAUUGUAUUGACUUGCAAACCCACCUUGCUAAAUGCAGGCCAACUCUCCUUAAUCCUAAGGACUGUCAGUUGGUGUGGAUCCUGCUCUGGUGCUGCAGGUGGUGCCUUUUUCAGUUGUGUACAUCUCAAUCUGUGAGAGACACCAAGAAAGUAUGCAGAGAAUAAACUGAAGGGUGGGGUGUAGAGUGGGAAAUGCAAUUCCAAGUUACAAGGAAUACAUGCUUUGACAAUUCUGAAUAUCCCUACUCAGGAAAUCUUUCAAAGCCUUAUAUGUGCUGAAGGCUAGGUUUCAGAAGUUGAUAUUGCAGCGGGCAAGGAAUACUCUAUGCAUGACUGUAAGUUUCCCUAUGUUUUGGGACUAUCUUGCUGGGUUUUUUUCCCUUUUAAGUUAAUCUUUUAUUGUAACUGAGAUCUGAAUCACUCAUACUUUUGACCAAAAAGGUUCCUGGAGUUGUUACAUCAUCAGACUGCGCCUUUUCUGAAAUGACCAGUAUUUGGGAACUGUGGUUUUAUGUGGAAACAAAUCAAAUUUCAUGUGUUGAAAUGCAGAUACCUUUGCAAAAAAUAAAAAUAAGAUUAAUUUUUUUAAAAUGUUACAAUGAAAGUAUUUUGAAUAAUUGGUUAAGUAUUUGUUUUUGUCAGAUUCUUUGUGCAGAGUCUUUUAUUGAUUUGUAAUAAAGUACCCAGACUGUCCUGUC